AUGGGGCAAAACAAAACCCACGAUAUGCCCCCUCCCGGAGCCUCGCUUCUUCCCAUUGACGUUGAGAAAGCGGCAUCGGAAGACGCAAGGACACGUGAGACGAGACCAGAGGAAGACCAGAGACUACCAACCAACAACAUCGACAACAACAAGAUGACUUCGUCAAGGCGCGCUCUCCUGAGCGUCACCCUGUGCCUCUUGUUCUUCUUCGGCUUGACAUCGGCCGGCCCAUCGAGAUGGCAGCAGAGGGUUCAGUGUCGUGAGGGACAUGCUUCGCCACAGAACGAGAACUUCCAGUCCAUGGUGGAUGCGGCAUCGACAGACUCUCUUCACAACAUCCUUCACAAGACCUUCCCUGGGCGGUUCCAGCACGGAGUAUGGGAGUCGGAGAAGCAAGCCAUCGAGGCCGUUCACCGGGACAACGCCCCUCUUGCGACAGCCAUCUUGCGCAUGGCCAAGCGUGAUGACUCAAACACCACCAUCGCUUCGACGUCUCAGCAACCUACUCCUUCUUCGACCUCAUCCAGCGCUCAGGUUACUCCGUCAUCGAGCUCCGCGCCGCCAGUCGUCAGCUCUUCAUCGAGUGAACCUGCGCCUGAGCCGUCAACCACCAGCCAGGCUCCUCCUCCCAUCAUCACCACCACUUCCACCACUUCAAUCAAGUCGACAUCCUCCUCACCUCAGCCUAGCCCCAGCUCAACUGUUUCCUCUACCACCUUGACCACCACCUCCAAGGCCAGGCCCCAGACCGUCGAGCCACCUAAGACCACCGAGCAACCCCAGCAGCCCGAGGAGCCCAUGACCCCCAGCUCCAUGGUCAUCGUCCAGACUUUGACCUCGACCUCGGACGGUGUUGAGAUUGUCGUCACCCAGACCAGCACCGUCCGGGUUGACCCUACUCCUACAGCGGGCACCGGCGCCGCCAAGGCUUCUCCAAGCCUUCAGAAUGCGGGUUCUGCUCUCCAGCCAUCAGGCCGCUGGCUGAUGAUCGUUGAGGCUGUUGUGCUGGGAGCGCUGUUGAUCUUCUUUGUGCUUGCUUGA